AUGAGCUCCGAAAUUGUAGCCAAGGCGCAGUCCUAUCUUGAAGGAAUCCCUUUGGAUGUGGUUUCACAAGGUGCAGAGGCAGUUGUGUUUGUCACAUCGAAACACCCGUACCUUCCCAAUACCGUGGAGCCUGCCCAGAUCCAGAACUCGCACAAAUAUGUCAUAAAAUACAGACCACCCAAGCCAUAUAGACACGACGUCUUGGACAAACAAUUGACCAAAGCACGCACUACCGCAGAGGCAAGACUACUCAGCAAACUACACAGUUUAGAUAUCCCGGCACCCAAACUCGUUGCAACUGACGCACCGCACGGAUUAAUAUGGAUGGAGUAUUUGGGCUACGAGCUGCCAAACGGACAAACCAGCUCUUUGAAGAACUGGCUCUGGUAUCUUGAAAAAGAGGAAAAGAACUCAGAAACGAUCAGUGCGUCCGACGAGACUGUGAAACAGGUUCUGGUCCUCGUUGGAGAAGCAAUUGCAAAAUUACACCUUCAAGAUAUUGUUCACGGCGAUCUGACCAGCUCCAACAUCUUACUGGUCGAGAAAGACCACCAAAAUAAACCCACUUUAAUUGACUUUGGACUGUCUUCGCACUCGUCUCUCGCGGAAGACAAGGCUGUCGACUUAUACGUCCUGGAACGAGCACUAUCUUCGACUCAUCCAGUCUACUCUGCCACAUACAAUGACUGGCUGCUCCAGGGAUACGAAUCAACGUACACAAACAAACCAAACAACAAGCGCAAGUACAACGAGGUCAGUAAACGGCUGGAAGGGGUCAGGCUUCGAGGACUUGCCAGUAAAAUGACUUUGGACCAGCCAAUUGUCCUUGAUCAAGGUACCGGAUUUGUGAAAAUUGGACGGGCCGGAAAAAACUUUCCCGACCACACGUUCCCAUCGAUCGUGGGAAGACCGAUCCUGAGAGCAGAGGAGCGGACGGGAGACAUUGAAAUUAAGGAUAUCAUGUGCGGAGACGAGGCCUCUGCCGUCAGAUCAUCGUUGCAAAUAUCAUAUCCGAUGGAAAACGGAAUUAUCAGAAACUGGGAAGAUAUGGAACAUCUAUGGGAUUACGCUUUUUACGAGAGAAUGAAAAUCGACACCACUGGACAAAAAGUGUUGCUAACAGAGCCACCAAUGAACCCCUUGAAAAACAGAGAAACAAUGUGCGAUGUCAUGUUCGAGAAAUACAAUUUUGGUGGAGUGUACGUUGCAAUCCAAGCCGUCCUUGCUUUGUAUGCCCAAGGUUUAUCUUCCGGAGUGGUUGUGGACUCUGGAGACGGUGUGACCCAUAUUGUUCCAGUUUACGAGUCUGUGGUGCUGAACCACUUGACCAGAAGACUAGACGUUGCCGGAAGAGACGUUACUAGAAACCUGAUCAACUUGCUCUUGAGAAGAGGAUAUGCAUUCAACAGAACCGCAGAUUUCGAGACAGUGAGACAGAUCAAAGAGAAGCUUUGCUAUGUUUCUUAUGACCUCGAUUUUGACACAAAAUUGGCAAACGAGACUACCGUGUUGGUUGAAAAUUACGAGUUGCCAGACGGAAGAGUGAUCAAGAUCGGCUCGGAGAGAUUCGAGGCGCCAGAGUGUCUGUUCCAGCCUUCUCUGACAGACAUCGAACAGCCAGGUGUGGGUGAGUCUCUAUUCAACACCAUCCAGUCGUGUCAGGUCGACAUUAGAUCCACAUUGUACAAGUCGAUCGUUCUCAGUGGUGGUUCGUCCAUGUACCCAGGUCUUCCGUCCAGAUUGGAAAAGGAACUCAAACAGCAAUGGUUCACAAAGGUGUUGAAGGGAGAUGCCUCGAGAUUGGACAAGUUCAAGGUGAGAAUCGAAGAUCCACCAAGAAGAAAGCACAUGGUCUUCAUCGGAGGAGCAGUGCUUGCCAACAUCAUGGCAGACAAAGACCACAUGUGGAUCAGCAAACAGGAAUGGCAAGAGCAAGGCCCAAGAAUAUUGGAGAAGCUCGGCCCAAGAUAA